AUGACCCACUGCUGCUCCCCAUGCUGCCAGCCCACCUGCUGCAGGACCACCUGCUGCCAGACCACUUGCUGGCAACCUACCUGUGAGACAACCUGCUGCAGCACACCCUGCUGCCAGCCCAGCUGCUGUGAGCCCAGCUGCUGCCAGCCUUGCUGCCGCCCAACAUGCUGUCCAACCACCUGCUGCCAGCCCAGCUGCUGUGAGUCCAGCUGCCGCCCAGCUUGCUGUCCAACCACCUGCUGCAGGACCACCUGCUGGAAACCCACCUCUAUGACCACCUGCUGCACCACACCCUGCUGCCAGCCCAGCUGCUGUGUGUCCAGCUGCUGCAAGCCUUGCUGCCAACCCACUUGCUGCAGCACACCCUGCUGCCAGCCCAGCAGCUGUGCACCAGUCUACUGCACCAGGACCUGCUACCACCCCACCAGCGUCUGUCUUCCUGGUUGCCUAAACCAGAGCUGCGGAUCCAGCUGCUGCCAGCCUUCCUGCUGCUGA